AUGGAACCGGAAUUUCGAAUGAAAUACACAAAACUAUGGGUAGCCUUGCUAAAAGCUGAUCUGAAUGAAAUUAAGCGAAGAGAAGUUAAAGCGUAUGCUGCUACUCUCAUACCCGAAAUUUCUCAAGUAUUGGAACAAAUGCCUCGGUCUAUGCUAUUAAUUUUAAAAACAAAUGAUUUAUUGAGAAGUAUAGAAUAUCGUUUGGGUGCACAAGGACGAGCAGACACUUUUAUUCAGAUGGUACAAAUGUUAACAUUUUUCUGGAUGGCUCGUUGUUGUGUUCGAUCAGUUCACGAAUGCUCUGCAAUGCACACGAAAUCGCUGUUAAUGAAAAUUUGCAUAUAUUUACGGAUGUAUAUUGCAUUAUUAAAGAUCACUGCUUUUGAGUAUUAUUUGAUGUUCAUGAACCCACAUUAUGCGAAGCCUAUUGAGUAA